AGCCGCUUCGGCUCGCCGCCUCUGGCGGGCCUCGCCCCCCACCCCCUGUUCGGAGAGGCCCACGGCGCCAUGGCCUCUGCUGGCGCGGCCUGGGCCUCCCGCGGCCUCGCUGGCGGCGCGGGGCGGCGCAGGGCCGCAGCGCCUGCGGCUCUGUCCGCGCGGCGGGGCUUCGCGCUGCGCGCCGGGGAGGGCCGCGGCGCCCAGCGGAGGGCGCAGUACGCGGAGGAUCCCCGCGGCAAGACGUUCGCGGAGCGCGGCUACGUCGCGAGGGACGCGCCCCGCAGCUCGCGGCUGUACCCCAGGCCCGAGGGGCUCGAGCCGCCGGCGCGGCUGCCGGGGGGCCGGAAGCAGGUCUCCGUGGAGCUGGCCCGCAGCGACGUGGACGGCUUCCUGGAGGCCCAGGUGGUGCUGGCGACCCGCACGGGGCACAAGCUCUUCUGGCUCAGCGAGGAGGAGCUGGGCGAGAUCGAGAAGCUGGCCCCGCGCCUGAACGAGUACCUGCAGCUGUGGCAGGAGAAGGCCGCCCUGGCGCGCGAGGCGCGGGACGGGCGCGACCUGGCGCCGCGCCUGGAGCAGGCCCAGAGGGAGCGGCUCCUGGAGUGACGCGGCGGCUGCCGGUGCGCCGCAGCGGUCGGGUCGGUCCGAAAAGAAAA